AUGGACAAGAAGCUCACGACGAGGGCCAACACACGUUCUAUCCCCGAGACGCUGGACAUAAUCACACCCAACCCGUGCUCGAUAGGGCAUUUCGACGACAGCGAGGCUAGCGAGAGCAUCGAUGGUACUGGAGGACGUUGGACCGAGAUCGGUGUGGAAGAUGGUGGGCCAACACGAAGAUGGGCGGAGAACGUCUGCAUAAAGGACGCGUGCAAUGUGUUGGACCGUGAGAGCGGUGGUGUAGAGGUCAUCGAAGGCAUAAACGAAGAUUUACCUUCUAGUGCCUCCCACCCUCCCACUCACCCCAAACCAUUCGUCAUGGCCGAUCCCAGUCAUCUCACCGUUCCCGGCACCAAGGUCGCGCAGGACCUCAAGCUCGUUGCCGGUGUGCUCCAGGACAUGCAGGACUCUGGCCAGCUGCCCCUCGAUCCGAUGUCCCCCGGGAUACCUCCAGCUGUGUUUGGCGCGGGGGGGCCAAUGCUGAAACAGUUCGACCAGUCGACGGUGGUGAGUCGGAAGGGGUCGCAGGCGCCAACACCGCCUCUGUCGGUCAAGGGCAUUGGGAACAAAGUCGCGAAACCCGACUACUCCGAGUCGAAGAUCGUGCUUGCGAUGGUGGGACUGCCUGCGAGAGGCAAGUCGUAUUUGAGCAACAAGCUCAUGAUCUAUUUGAAGUGGCUGGAAUAUGAUGUGAAGGUCUUUAAUGUCGGACAGCUGCGCCGCACUCGUGCAAAGCAGAAGGCUCAACAAUUGGUAAUCAAGGAAGAUCAUAAUGCUGCUUGGUUCAGCCAUGACAACACAGAAGCGAAUUUGUCGCGCGAGAAGCUGGCGCAAGACAGCUUGGAGAUGCUCACAGUGGUUGAAGGAUGGGGAGCGAGCAUGGAAGCGCGUGUUGCGAAAGAAAAAAGCAUCCAGCCCAUCUUCCUCGAGUCACAAUGCGACGACCCCGCCGUCAUAGCGGCCAAUGUAGCGCUCAAAGUCUCGUCUGGCGACCCCGACUACAAGGACAUUGACCCCGAGGACGCGAAGCGCGACUUCCUGCGGCGCAUCACCGAGUACGAGAAGGUCUACGAGGCGAUCACCGAACCGCAUCUAUCAUACCUCAAGAUCGUGAACGUGGGGGCCCAGGUGGAGGUCUCGCGGAUACAUGGGUACCUCCAGAGUAGGAUCGCGUUUUACUUGAUGAAAUUACAUUUGAAGCCGAGGAGCAUCUAUUUGUCGAGGCACGGGGAAAGUCAGUUCAAUGUGGAAGGGAAGAUUGGAGAUUCGCUACUCUCGCCAAACGGAGAGAAAUAUAUGCAUGCGCUGCCCGCGUUGAUCAAGGAUAACAUCGGGGAUGCACCGUUGACUGUCUGGACUUCGACUUUGCGACGAACAAUCCAGACGGCCAGCGAGCUGAAUUACCCGAAAUUGACUUGGAAGUCAUUGGAUGAGUUGGACGCAGGCGUCUGCGAUGCAAUGACAUAUGAAGAAAUUGAGCAAGCAUAUCCAGACGACUUCGCCAACCGCAACGAAGACAAGUUCAACUACCGAUAUCGUGGCGGAGAAUCCUACCGUGACGUCGUCGUGCGUCUGGAGCCAGUCAUCAUGGAGCUCGAACGACAGGAGAACAUCUUAAUUAUUGGCCAUCAGGCUAUUUUGCGGUGCCUAUAUGCGUAUUUCCACCACCUCCCUCAAGUUGAUCUACCGUACAUUAAAAUCCCUCUUCAUACCAAGCUCACACCCAAAGCGUACGGUUGCGACGAGGAAAGGUGCAUCAUCCUCUCCACGCAUAUACUCUACUCGCUUCUUUCAUCUGGAUGGAAGCGAAAAGCUGAUUGGACUGCUUCUAGACACGCAUUACCUAUCCAGGCGGUGGAUACGCAUCGUCCGAAACCCAAAGGGUCUGCGCCGGUGGUCCACGCAUCGGCAACAAGGGAAUACUGCACCGGGGAUACAGAAUUGAAAGUGUAA